CGGUUUCCGACAGUAAUCGGUCCUUCGCCAUAUGUGUGCAUGGGUAGUAAAUCCACUCGUCGAGAAAAGCAGAGCGGUGCGACGACGAGAAAGGUGAAUGCAAAAAGGCCAACUUGAAGCGUCUUCGGUUAUGUUUGUGUUUGUUGAUGGUUUCUGGGUUUGCAUUAUUAUUCGCCUAACAGGCAUAUUUGCUAUGAUAUUCUUAACAGAAAAAAAACAGUGAUUGGAGAUUAAUGAGAAUAGAGAUCGCAGCAUGCUUCGAAAGUGACGACUAGUUCAAUUACGAGUCCCAAUAGAUUCGAUGAAAUCGUUUUAACCCGCAAGUGUCAAAUUGUGUCAGAAAGAAUACAGUGUGUACUCUGAAUAAAAAACGGAACGAUGAAGACGAAGUGCGCGACGACGAUGAGCGAUAAUAAUCGACAAAAUAAAAGUGCGAUACAGCAAUAACAGCAGCAUCGGCUAAAAUGUUCGGCUAGCGAAGUGACAGUGUAUUAAGUGGAACAGCGCAGGCUAUGUAUUUGUUUUGAUUUUUACCAACAACCAUAACUCUAGCGAUUUGUUGCUGUAUCAGCAGUAGCAGAGUCGUGUACUACAAAAACCGAACGCAGAUAGCAGCAAAGGCGGCAAUGAAGUUAAACGUACUGUGCACUAAUAAAAUGAUUGACUUCAUGCAAGUGCGCAACCAGGAUCGCUAGAUGAAAGCGCCUCCGAACGACAGCCGAUCCCGAUGAGUGACGAACAUGUGAUUCUAUGCGGGUUGGCUAGGGUGGACAUGGCAAUGCAGCACAGCACUAGGUUUCGGCCUAGAGUAAAUAAUCCUGUCGACAGUGCUACAGUUAACCGAAGACUGCAAAGAGGUCGCUAUUUCUGAGAACGUUAGAAGUGAGAAGAAAAAACCCAAAACCAGUGAGCAAAUCCGCGUGCAAGAGCUGUAGUUUAGUGUAGUGUAGUGUCCAGAUCAGGCCGCAGACGGUUUCCAGUGAGGCUCGAGGGAGAAGUAGCAGCAAAAAAUUGGGGACUGACCAGCGUACAAUUUGUGGAACACGCGCUCGCCAGCGUGCUACCACAAGUUCCAGUUGAAAUUCUGUAUGGAUGCGGGAGGUCUCCCAGUAUUUCCGGGCGCUAAUCAGGCAAAUCACCUGAACAGUCUUCAUCUGCAGCAACAGCAACAACAACAGCAGCAACAACAACAGCAACAGCACCACCUGCAGCAAAAUCAACAAUUGACUCUGCAGCAGCAGCAGCAAAUGCAGCUUAUUAACAGCCAACAUUUACAACGGCAACAGCAGCAACUCCACCUGCAACAGCAGCAGCAACAACAACAGCAUCAGCAGCAACAACAACAAGGAGAGCGUCGCCAGGCAGUAUUUGAUAGGCUCAAGCGUCGGAUCGAAACCUACCGGCGGCGGCAGAUCGACUGUACGCCCCGGUUCGAGCAAGCAUUCAGUGGAGUGUGCGAACAACAGGCUAACGAAACCACAGCCUUGCAGAAAAAGUUCCUCGAAGCGAAGAAUAAGCGAGCCCUCAAAAAGGCCGAGAAAAAGCAGACUGAUUUACCACCGCAGCAGCAGCAGCAGCAACAGCAGCAACCGUCCCAAACGACGAUUGCCGGAAAUCUGCAGAGCAGUGUUCAUGUGCAACAAAAAUUCCUAAAAAGACCAGCAGACGACGUCGAUUCCGCCUCCGACUCGUACGAACCACCGGUCAAGCUUCAGCACAACGGUUCCGAGAAUCUGACCAAAUUUUCGGUGGAAAUCGUUCAACAGCUCGAGUUUACGACGUCGGCAGCCAACUCCCAACCGCAGCAAAUCAGCACGAACGUAACGGUCAAAGCGUUGACCAAUGCGUCCGUCAAAAGCGAGGGUCCCAGUCCAUCCCAGCAGCAACAGCAGCAGAACCAGCAGGGACCUGGUCCGGGAGGGAAUGGAGGCGGAGGAGGUAACGGGGGUCCUUCCGGGGGAAACAAUGGUGGCAAUCCAGCGCCAUCCCCACACCUGCACGACCUUGGCCACAUUGUGGACUUCAAGCAGGAACCAGAGAACGAAUUUGCUGAUUUGUCGGCAGCGCUGGAGAAGGAUGCCGCCGCAAACGGACACUUCCCUGGGCUGUCCGAUCUCAUUGGGGACGACACCAAUGAUGACAGCGACACCUUCAAGGAUCUCAUCUCGGACCUGUCCGACUUCCAUUCCGACUUCCUGGACUUCGAGGAGAAACCACCAACACAACAGCAGCCUCCACAACCUCACCCCUCCCAACAGCAGCAACAACAACAGCAGCAGCAACAUCAAAACCCCCACCAACACCACCAGCAGCAGCAGCCUCCUCCGCAGAUGCAGAUGCACGCUCAGCAGCAGCAGCAGAUCGAGGUGAAGCAAGAAACGUGCAUAAAGCAAGAACAUCCCAGCCCUGGCAUGCUGGACAACAUGGGCAUAAAACGGGGCAGUACAGCAACGCAACAAUUCCCCAACGCAUUCAAUGACGGUACUCUCGGUCCAAAACGGGGUCCAUACGGGAACCCACAGAAUGGUCCAAUGUCCGAGCUAUCCCCCGCAGCUCAAACCCUCAAGCACAUGGCCGAACAGCAUCAGCACAAAAGUGCCAUGGGUAUGGGAUUCCCGCGAGGUCCACAGCCCAAUCCCCAGCGACCACCGUACUCAGAAUUCAACCAGUUUGCGAAUCAGGACUUUAUGAACAAUCCGGCCGCCGGUGGUCCCGGUGGCGGCAAUCCCGUGGGCAACCAAUUCCACAAGGGUUCGGUUCCACCAUUCCCCGGAGCGGAUCUCAUCAAGCAGGAACUCUACUCCCCGCAGAGCGAAUUUGAUCUCAAACCCCAGCUGGGUCGCAUGCCGCCGCAGAUGGGAGGUCCCGGUCCGAAGAUGGGCCCAGGACCCGGUGGAUUCAAUAAGCCAAGCCAACAGCAACAAUACUCGCCAUAUGGAUCGCCUGCCGGAGGCGGAACCGUCGGAGGUCCCGGCGCUGGUGGUGGCAUGCCAAACCACGGUAGUCCUCAUGGUCCGGGUUACAUACCGCCGCGUGGUCCAGGUCCUGGGCCUGGAAGCGGAAACGGUCCUGCCGGUGGUGGUGGUGGCCAGGCAGGAACGGGUGCUGGUGGUGCCGGUGCAAAUGGAGCCGGAGCGAAUGGUCCGGGUAAUAAUGGGGUUCCACCACGAGGUGGUGGACCCAUGGGUGGAGGUCCGGGAGCACCGAACGCGACCAUGCUGCAGAUGAAGCAAACCCAGCAGCUGCACAUCAGCCAGCAGGGAUCGGGAGGACACGGAAUUCAGGUUUCCGCCGGCCAGCAUCUGCAUCUGAGUGGCGAUCUCAAGAGUGGAGUCUCGGUAGCAGCACAACAAGGUGUAUUCUUCAGCCAGCAACAUCAACAACAACAGCACGCCCAACAACAGCAAUCAAACCAGCAACAAUCUCAGCAGAACGCACAGCAGCAGCAGCAAGGCCCCGGUGGUCCACCGCAAUCGCAGCAGCAACCACCGAAUGGUGGUGGCCCCAACGGUCCACAACAGCAGCAGCCUCCCAAUCCAAAUAACCCGAACGGAAACCCGAACAAUCCAAAUGGACCCAAUCAAAACAACUCGCAACAACAACCAAAUCAGGCACCUCCAAACUCACAAGGUUCCACGCUGGAAUCCCAGUACACCGUGUCCCAGUCGCAGACGAUCAACUUCACCCAGCAAGCACUGCGGCAACGACAGCAACAGCAAGGAAAUGUUCCCGGAGGUCUAUCCGGUCAGGGUCAGCCAGGCUCGCAGCAACAAUCCGGUCCCAAUGGACCCGGUGUUCCUAACCCGCAAGGCCAGCAGCAGCAACAACAAGGACCACAACCCGGUGUACCAAAUUCUGGCAUUUCUGCCGGUGGAAUGCCCCAUGGAGGUCCCAUGGGUGGUGGCGCUGGUCCGAUGGGGCAGAAUCCGAAUGCUCCCCUCGGAAUGGGCGGCAUGGGAAUGGGUCCUAACGGUGGUCUUAGCGGUCUGAGCUCGAUGGUGUCUAAUUCGAUGGGUGGUCCGGGACAAAUGAUGCAUAACAGUAUGGGACCAGGAGGUCCUGCCAGUGCGAUGGGAAUGCGCUACAUGCAGCAACAGCAAAUGAUUCGGGCGCAAGCUAUGCAGCAGCAGAUGGCCGUUGGAGGCAGGCCUCCGCCUCCGGAUUACAAAGCGACGCAGCAGGGUGGUAAUCCGAACGCGGCAAUGUUAGCAGCACAGCAACAACAAAUACUGCAUGCUUCCAGUGGCCGAUUUCCGGCGAUGCGAAGAAUCACACAACAACCGAUCCCACCUUCGGGCCCAAUGAUGAGGGUGCAGCAUGCAGCUUACAUGCAACAGCAUGGUCACGGAGGUCCACGAGGUCUCGGAGGAUUUGGACCUGGUGCUGGAGGAGCAGGUGGACCAGUUGGUAUGGGAGGAGCGGGUGCUGUUCAGAGACCUCCUAACGUACAAGUUGGUCCGGAAGGUAUGCCAAUGGGUUCCCAACAAGCCGAAUGGAGACACAUGAUUAUGUCUCAGCAGCAGAGUAUGAGCUUUGCUGGAAGUGGCGGCAAUAUGCGAGGAGCUUUCGGAGGUGGCCCUGGAGGUGCAGGAAAUCCGCUGGUCAUGUCGAACGGUGGCCCUGGUGGCCGAAUGGACCCAACGGCUGGCCCAGGUGGUCCCGGAGGAAGUAUGACCCAGUUGCAGAUGCAACAGCAAGCAUUGAUGCGUCAGCAGCAACAGCAGCAGCAAAGCUUGAGCAUGUAUCAGCAAAGCCAAAUGGGCGGCGGUGGGGGCAUGAGUCAAAACCCAAUGCAGCAGAUGAACAUGAUGCAGCAGCAGAGCAUGAUGAGCCAAAUGCAAAUGAGCCAAAUCCACAUGAGCCAAACGCAGUCGAUGGCCAUCCAGCAGCAGCAGCAGGCAAACCAGCAGCAACAAUCUGUGAUGAAUUCGUUCAACAAUCCUGGCAUCGGUCCUGGUGGAGGACCAGGUCCCGGUGGUGGGGGUAACGCAAAUGGAAACGGUAGCAACAGUAAUAACAAUAGCAACAACGGUAAUAGCAAUCCGAACAAUAGCAACAACAGCCAGAACAACGGCGGUCCAAAUGGACCCAACAACAACAACAAUAGCACCGGCAGCAACUCAUCUGUCAUGCCAAACACAGACUUCAGCCUGGAGUUCCUCGAAAACCUACCGGUGGGCGAUCCGAGCCAGUUUAACGCCCAGGAUCUGCUCAGCUCACUGGACAAUGAUAAUUUUAACAUUCAGGACAUCCUGUAGAUGUGUAAAGUUCCGUUCAACUGCAUUUAGUGCCGAUUGAAAACAACAAGCUAAGACGGAAGGCCUGUAAGGCUCGUUUCCAAUGCCUCUCACUACACACUGGUGCGUUGUGAAGCCAAGCUUACAUGCAAGCACGGAAAACAAUUGCGGCAGAAAAAAGUGGUUAUUUAUUGAAACUAAUAACAGCACAAAUCAACAUUUAUAACAAAAAAAAAAACAAGUAGCCGAUCCGUUUGAUUGGUGGUUAGGCUACUACAAUUCUGUAAAUAGCAAAUAAUUUUUUGUGCUGUUGGUACACACUGCUUUCGUUAAAGCCUCUAGCGGUUAGUUUUCUCUUUUACCAAUAGAUAUACAAAGCAGAAUAUACCCUCUAGUAUUUAAGGGCAACACAUUUUUUUGUUGUACGUUACUAUUAAUUUAUUACAAAGAGACAAGAAAAAAAUUAUUGAAAAUCAUGUAAAAAUAUACCCCCUAAGAAGCGUUGUCGAACUGAAAACAGUAAAAACUCUCUCUAACUGCUAGGUUGUUAGUUAAGUAGCGCAAGAACAAAACGUCUAUCGCGCGUCAGGCAACAUUCCUUACUAUGAAUUGACAGCACGCCAUUUAUACGUGCGUGCAGAAAAAUGCCAUUUAUUUCCGUUUUUUUCUAAUUUUUUGGAUUAACGCUUGCAAAUCUCAGCGUGGCCUACUGUGAUACCGAUAAGCCACAGCAGACUCGUGCAAUGCUAUAGUGCCCACACACACACACCUACCCCUAAAUGUAAAGGUGGGGGCGCCCUAGCAAACAAUUCUAAAGCGGACGGAAAAGUCUACGAAACGGUAGUGGAAAAUUUUGACUGUAGCAAAGAUAGAAAAUCAUGUAUACAACAAUGGAACAACAACAAGAAAAACAAAACGUUUAAUUUUACUGACUAAAUGAGAAACGAAACUAUAGGUGAAUAAGCGCCCGGGAACGGGCGGGUUAGGGAAAAGUAAAUCUUACCGUAAAAAUCUUACUAAAUCCAAAAAAAAACAAUGCGUAGCGUUAAAUCAGACUAACAAACACAUGCUAUUUAAUACAUCGUAUAUGCGAAGGCGUAAAUAGUGCGACCUAAAAUUCUCCAUCAAUUGAAAAAUGCUGGGGAGCAAAAGUGGUGGUUUUCAAAAGGGCAUUUUAGAUUUUUCGUUCCAAUUGUUUAUUGUUAUUGUUUAGUGUUGAGUGUUGGUACCAUGAACUUUGAGCAAUUUGAUUGCGUUUUAUUUUCUUGGAGAAUAAUGUACAAAUUUGUGACAGACAAAAAUUUGCUGCAACUAAAACUUUAUAUUUUUAGAAGAAAAAAUAACCUGAAAUGAUGGUUUUUCAAUUCAAUUUUCAAUCUUCAAGAGUAAGAAUGAAUGUCAUAAAUACAUAGUGACUACGAUAUUUUGAUACAACGCUGAACACGACAUGAUUAGCAAAGAGAAGGUAGAAUUUCAACACUAUUUUAUUUUUUCAUAAACAAAUAAUAUGAACUUUAGUUAGAUUAUGUAGUUUUUUUUUAGCGCUCAAACAAAACAUCUUUCGUGCACUAACAGCUUUUGGAAAUAGGAAACUAUUUGUUAGGUACUUACCAAUCAAUUCUGAUAGUUUCUCUUCAUGAAAUGUUUUUCCUGAAAUUCAAAAAAAUUUCAAAACAAUCAAAAAAAUUUCAGUAAGAUACGGGAAAUUAUAUUCGAAGUAAUUGGAAAUAUUCUAACAUUUGCUAUUACCAGUAAAAUUGAAGCACUACAUUGAUUUCAUACUCUAAAUCAACAGCGUCCUAACUUUUGAUUUCAGUGAUAUACUUUAUUAGGAAAAGUCUUUGUAUUUUAUUGUGCUUCUUUUGACGAUUUAGUGACCAAUCACCUAGGAGUGGUAUAAUAAUUUUUUUAAGACAGUGAGAUAGACAGACAGUGUCUUCGAGAAAGUUGUGACAGAUGCUCUAGUGAAUAAAUAAUUUUUUAUUUAUUCAGAAGUAGAACAAACAAAUUCAAAAUUACGACUUGAGUGAAUUUUCCAUACAAAACUAUUUAUAUUUUUUUAAAUAUAAGAGAUAGAAAUUUGAUAUAUUAAAGGUGCUCGUAAAAGCAUAAACAAAAGCAAAGGCAGUUUAAAAAUAAAAGCAUGAACAACAUUUUUAAAAAUACGUUAGGUCUCACUGUCCUAAAAAAAAUGUUUUUAUCACUUCUAGCUGAAACAAUCAUUAAAUCGUCCAUUUUGAAAAAAUGCAAACAUACAAAAAAAAACCGUUUUGAAAUAAAAUAUAUCACAGAAAUCAAAUAUGGGGAUGCUAAUAAUUUAGAGCACGAAAUCAGCAAAACAAAAUACUCUGAGUACUGAAUUAACCGUCCUAUUUUCAUAACUUAAUUUAUACCUCCCGUAGGCUUCAGUUGAUGACGAAAUUAUUUUUGUUCUGUUGAAGUUGUACUUCGAAGUAGCUGAUCCUGUAAACUUCGUAGUAUCUACCACAAAUUGAAACAAAACUUUAUAGUAUAUUUCAUUCAAGAUAUGUUUUCAUUCAGCUCGAGUUGAAUACGGAGUCCAACUUCAUUCAACUUGAAGUUUAAGAUGGUGAACUUUAGAAAAGUUAGAUAAUCAGAAAAGCUCAACACAAAGCGGGCAACAAUUGAAACAAAGUAAGAUGCCCCAACAUUGAAACUAAGCACUUUUCUCUCCCAUUUUUGUGACCUUAUUAAACAGUAGAACCAAAAGUAAAAUCAAGUCUUCAUCCAAUCUGGCAAAACAAUAGCAUAAAAUAUUGCAACUUGUCCCUACUUAGCAAAAAAAACAGACAUAAUCGCAGUCAUUCUUAAAUAAGUUACACUGUAACAAGAGACAAUGUUAAAAAAAAAAAAACAAAAUCAAAUUAAAUCUGUAAUGAAUACUCGGAAAACCAACUGCUCCACAGUAGAAAAAGAUUCUUACUUGAACACAUAAAAUGAAACAAGAAAAUGCAUUUGAAGGCAUAUGACAGUAGCAAAAUAAAAACAAAAUGCGUUGAAAAAACAAACGCACCCUUAUACAGACACACAUACACACACAUCAGCUUCUUUGUACUUCUUGUGUAAUUUGUAAGUAUUUAAAUCGAAACGAAACACUAAAAUCGCCCAUUCGCCAGAGUGGAUGGGCGAUUCAGUUAUUUAUUACCCUAAAAUAUCAAACAAAAAACGCCUAAAUUAAAUUGUAACCUAAAGCUACGUUUAUAUGAGCAGCAGCAACUAAGCGGUCAGGCAUUAAUCCAGAUCGCAACACGGACGGUACUAGUAGAAAUAAUAACAUUACAGCAUUAUUGGUACUAAACUUGAGGAACGUCUCUGUCAUUGGAAAAUCGGAGCUGCUUAAAACUGUGACAUUGGCAUUGAUAAACUAGCACCCUCAAGUCCUCGUCGUGGCAUUAACCCCCCCCCCCCUUUCCCCUUCUCUCUAGUGAAUGUAGAAUUAAACACUUAGCAGAAACCACCUAACUCUUCCUCUCCUUCCUUCCCUUCUCAAGUUUCCACCCAUGUUAUACAGUAGAAUCCAGCAAUGGUUUUCUACUGAAAGAGGUUAACAUUGAACAAGCAAAAAACUAUUACAAACAUAUUCUAUACGAACGAUGAAAGCAAAAGUAUACCCGAAAGAUUUAAUGUUCUUCUGUUCAAGAAGUAGAUUCAGUUCUUGCCUCCUCGUGCUCCCCCCCCCCCCCCCUGGAGAGAGAGGGUCGCAUCGCUUUCAGUUGUGUUGUACAGAAGGUAAAAAAACCUACUCGGUAUUAAAAUUAGUUACUCUAAUUGCCAGAAUGAUGAGAGCGUGCAUGUUAAGAAAAAAAAACAAGCGUAUGAUCGGGAAUCGAGCAUGUUAAAAACUCGUUUAUAAAUAUAUAUACAUAUUUUUGAUAGCAUCUUUUUUAUUGAUAUAAUUAUUAUUAGUGCGAUAGGUUCAGUUGUUUCGAUUGUGUACAUUUUCAAACGUCUUUUAAGCAAUCCGGUCAAUGAUUUAAUCUGUCGCUGAUCGGCGCAGCCGAAUCCUCGCGAUCAGCUGUUCCGAUUCGACAGCAAAAGUGCGCAAGGUGGAGAUUUUUUUACGAACAGAUAUUUUGCCUAUACAUAUAUUUCAAAGGAUUCUUCCCCCCUUUUCCCCCAUCAUUGAUGUAUAUACUUUUGCAUAUGGUUAUUUUACGGUUGGCAAAGUAAGAACAGUUAAGCGGAGAAAAUCAUUCAUUGACGAGAAAAGAAAAAUUAAGAAAAAAAAACAAAGGCAAAUCAAAAACAUGAACAACCAGAAAAAUUUAUUGGAACAAGAAACCAGAAAUAAUAAAAAUAGAUAAUUUAAUGCAA